AUGGCUAUCGUUUGUCUUGGACUAAUUGGUAUUGCAGCUGUUGUUGCCAUCAUUGGCGUGGUUCUGUUAGCUAUUUGUGUCGGCGGAGUCAUUAUUCUACUCUUGACUUGCUGUUGCUGUCCAAAAGUCAUCGCGAUAUGUAGAAAACGAAAAAAGUGCAAGCCACCACCGCCGCCUAAAGACGAAAGGCCUUGUGCCGAACGAAUUAAAUUUCGAGAGUGUUAUAUUUGA